AUGACCGACUCAACAAUGACCGGCUUCGCCGCCGCCACAGACGAGCCCUUCACCCUCGAGGAGCGCAUCAAGCAGCUCUGCGACAUCGACGCCAACACAGUCCAGCUCAUGCGCCACACCUCGUCCGCAAUGUCCGCCCUAGGCGCCCAGCAGGGCCCGGACGUGACCCCCGAGCAGCAGAAGCAGACCUUCCAGUCCUCCAUGGACGCCCUCCUCUCCACCCUGCACGCCGUCGACGUCCACAUGAAGCGCCAGAUCAUGGGCCUCGAGGAGGCCGGCAUCGUCAAGCUCCGGAGCGGCGGCGGCGGCGGCGCCGGGGACGGCGGGUCCGGCGGCGGCGGCGACAAGACCGCGGGGGGCCGCCAGGUCGUCAUGAACGAGGACGCAAAGGUCGUCGCCAGGGCCUCCCUCGAGCCCAACGGCGUCGGCACCAUCGGCAACCUCGACGUCGGCUGGCUCAACAGCCGCAACAACAAGGUCGAGCGCGACAUGGAGGCCGAGCUGUGGGCCAAGAUGCGGGACUUCCUCGAGAGGUAUCACGCGCAGGAGCUAGGGGCCGACGGAGAGGGUGGUGGGAUGCAGCAGUGA